AUGGCCAUCUACGACCUCGCGGCCGUGCUGCUUCCUGGCGGCCCUUUGAGGAUGCUGCUUGAGCUGGCCAUACAGAGGAAUGAGGAGAUAGAGAAUCUGUGGAUGAAGAGGUACUGCGAUACAGAGGAACAGAGGUACUGCGAUAGGAUGAAGAGGAACAGAGAAUUUUACCCAUCAAUCUACUAA